AUGACUAUCAUUGCUCAAUGUGGUGCCUAUUUGUCGAUGUUUCUGCUCUCGUUGAAUCGCUUCGUUUGCGUGUUCAAACCAACGGAAUACGCUGAGUUCUUUUCAAAUCGUUCCACUAUUCGGUAUAUUGCUGCAUCCACAUUGAUAUGUUUGGCAUACGGAUGUGCCUAUUUUGAUGAAUCAUGUUAUUUCAUUUUCGACCGCGAUAGCUUGGUAUUCACAUUCAGCAGCACUAUUUGCGGCCAAAUUCUAUCGGGUUAUGUUGACUUCUGGUUUAGUAUAGUUCUAUUCACUGUUGCGUGCCUAUUGGAUGUCGCUACUCUAAUUAAACUGCAAUGGGUAUGUCUUCUUCUAACUCUUAAUUUUUCGGUGAAGAAGUGUUUCUCUGGUGAAAAUAAUCCGAAGGGACAAAGCUCACCUGGCGUACAAUUCUACAUCCCACUUCAAGAGAGACUUACGAUUUUUUGCUCAGGUGCUGAAAAUUUGCCACAUACAGUUUCCAUUGAUAAAUUCAACCCCGCCCAUAAUCCCAACAAUCCAAAUUCAAUCCCGUAA